AAAAAAAAAGAAUUGACACUAAAACAGAAGGUAAGGGUUUAAAAAGGGGGGGAGGAAGUCCAGAGGAGACAUGGACUGAGCUGUACAGGCUUGCCCUUGUGGUACAGUGGGAAAAGCAUUGUAUCUAACUGGAGACAGAGGACCUGGGCUCUAAUCCCGCUUCUAAUCUUACUUCAGUGUUACCUUGAGCAAAUCAUUGUCUCCUUGGGCCUCAUCUAUAAAGGGAGAGGUUGGCACAAUGACCUCUGAAGUCUGGCCAGCUCUAGAUCCGUGAACCUGUGAUUCUGUGACCUGACCUGCCUUUCCUCUUUUUUUCUCUGUUGCAGAACUCAGAUUUGUUUGAGAUGAUUGAGAAGAUGCAGGGAAGCAGGAUGGAUGAACAAAGAUGCUCCUUCCCACCACCUCUCAAAACAGAAGAGGAUUACAUCCCGUAUCCCAGUGUCCAUGAGGUAACCAAAGACUCCUGCUCUCCUCUCCCCCUACCACAACCCCUCCCUUCCCUGGGAGAGCAGACCACCCUAAUUAAGAAUCCCUUAGGAGGUAGCUGGGUGGCUCAGUGGAUGGAGAUCCAGGCCUAGAGACAGGAGGUCCUGGAUUCAAUU